GCUCCGUACAGACUUGUAGUCAGGAUCGAACCCGGGUUCUCCUGACCAGCCUGCCUUCCAUAACCCUGAACUUGUCACAAACCUGCUGCCCCUAAGCCAAACUUGCACUGUUUAAGUCCUAAGCUCAUAGAUUUAAAUUGACUCUUAGUUCAAUAACACUUUGACUUUCGCUUAAAAUCUAAGUUUUCAAGUUUCUAUAUGGCUGUUCUGUUGCCUCUAUCUGUAAAUAUUUAUGUCUAUAUCUCCCAGCUCUUUCAUCUUUGGAUAUUUGAACCUUCAUAAUUUCCGCAUUUAAUCGUGAGUGUGUGGCUGGAGUGUUAAUCCAGGAAACGACUCAGUCUCAGAUGAACUACGAUGCUGCAGAUCAGGGGUCUUUUGCUGACCAUCUUUGCUGCCUGUAUUGGUGGCACCUUCCAGUACGGCUUGAACCUGACAAUCAUCAACGCACCAACAAUUUUUAUUCAAAAGUUCCUCAAUGAAACUUGGAUUGAGCGUUAUGGCAGACCGCUGGAAAAUGGUGUCAUCACUCUGCUAUGGACCAUCAUCGUCACUGCCUUCUCUGUUGGAGGGUUGCUCGGUGCAGUUAUUGCUGGACCCAUGGCCAUAACCUUUGGAAGGAGGAAUUCAUUGCUGCUGAGCAAUGUCUUUGUACUCGUUGGUGCUUUGCUGAUGGGCCUGAGCAAAAUGGCCAAAUCCUUUGAAAUGAUUUUAAUUGGGAGAUUCUUUUCUGGCAUAAACUCAGGUGUGGGAAUGAACAUCAACCCCAUGUAUCUUGGUGAGAGUGCGCCAAAGAAGAUCCGAGGCACAGUGGCUUUGUCGUAUGCUCCAUUCACUGCAGCAGGCUUUGUUGUGGGACAGACUUUAGGUAUUGGUGAGGUACUUGGCAGGGAGGAAAUGUGGCCUGUCCUGCUGUCGUCCUGUGCAAUACCAGCCUUAAUCCAGCUCGCCACUCUUCCAUGGUGUCCAGAAAGCCCCAGGUACCUGCUGAUCGACAAGGAAGACAAGAACUUGUGCAUGAAGGCGUUGAGGCGACUGCAUGGAGACGUUAACCUGUCUGCAGAAAUGGAUGAAAUGUUGGAAGAACAAACGGCGCUCGAAGGCCAACACGCGAAGGGGCUGUGGGAACUGUUGCGAGACCGUUCUCUCCGAAGGCAGAUCAGCAUCAUCAUCGUGCUGGGCAGUGCCAUACAGUUAUGUGGCAAUGACGCUACAUAUUACUACGCUGUCUAUGUAUUUCGUGCUGCAGGAAUUCCCAGUGAAAAAAUCCAGUACGUCACUAUUGGAACAGGAUGCUGUGAGCUCAUAACUGCAAUAACAAGUAACCUGUUCAUCGAUCGGGUUGGACGUCGGCCGCUGCUUAUAGGAGGCUACGGUAUGAUGGCUGCCUGUGGAACAUUGUUCACCAUCUCACUGACUCUCCAAGACAAGACUAGUUGGAUGCCGUACGUGAGUGUGAUUUGCAUCUUUGCAUCCAUCUUAAGCUUUGGAAUUGGACCAGCUGGAGUGACUGGGAUCAUUCCAAUGGAGAUCUUUGACCAAACUGCAAGACCUGCAGCUUACAUGAUCAACGGCUGCCUUUUCUGGAUAAAUUUCAUUAUAGUUGGGUUAACUUUCCCAUUCCUCAUUGAAGGACUGGGCAGUUUCUGUUACGUGCUGUUCCUAUCUCUUUGUUGCCUCUUCGCUUUAUUCAUUGGACUCUUCCUUCCAGAGACAAUGGGAAAGACCUUUCUCGAGAUUUCCGAGGAGUUUCACAAGCAAAAUUUCAAAGUGCCGAGCAGAACAAGUGAAGAUAUAUCAAUGGAAAGAUCUCAGCCAGUUGCAACAUAAGUAAGGAUCACGGCCUCAAAAAUAAGGGUUGGACCAUUCAGGACUGAUGAGAUAAGGAAUUUCUUCACAUAGAGAGGGUUAAUCUUUGGAAUUCUCUAUCAAAGAAGUUCUGCGGGGAUUCAUUUGCUGUACAUGCUCAUGUCAGAUAUUGAUUAAUUUUUGACUAUUCAAAAAAUGUUGGCAGGACUUGAGGGCCUGAGCUGAAUGGAGGACUUUAUUCCUUGGAGUGUAGGAUGGCGAGGGAUGAUCUUAUAGAGGUGUAUAAGAUCAUGAGGGUAUAAGAUCAUACGUGAGGUGGUCGACGGGCAAAUUGGGCCAAAGGGCCUUCUCCGUGCUGUAUAACGCAAUGUUUAUUUUAGUUUAGUUUAGAGAUACAGCGUGGAAACAGGCCCUUCGGCCCACCGAGUCCAUGCCGACCAGCA